UCCCGCUGAGCCGUUACCUGCGGCGGGGCCGCGCCGCCAUCCCCCGCCCCGAUGCGGAGGCGAGGCGCCCGGACCGAGCCCAGAGCAGCAAUGCUGAGUGACAAUAACUCUAUGAAGCUGAAAAGUGAUUGUUCACCUCCUGUGCAAUGGUAUAAGGUGGCUGCACCUGAAGAUGAGAAGACCAAGCUGGUUUUUAAAAGGUACUCGCAAGUAAGUGUCAUCGCCACAGCAACACAGAGUCUUCUUGCAGUGUUUGUGGUUGGAGGGUGCUUCCUUUAUGUCCUCAAAUUACAUUUUGGUGCUGAGGAAUGUGAUAGAACAAAAAUGCCGUAUGUGGACCUUCAUCGUGUAAGGAGAGCACAGGAGUACACCAGCACAGUGUUGCAGGAGCAGUGCCGACCUUCUUAUGUGAAGAAAGAAAUGGGGAAGUUAUUUGCAGACAAAUACAGCAUGGACAUAUCUCCCUUUGUCAGGAAAAUUAUCAAUGAAGAUGAAGCUUUAUUUAAAUACGAACCUCCUUUUGGAUUUCACAAUUUCUUUGAUAAGCUUAAAAAUCUCCUCGAACUCUUACCUGAGCAUGAUUUACCAGAAGAUGUGAAGUCAAAACACUGUAAGCGUUGUGUUGUUGUUGGCAGUGGUGGAAUUCUUCAUGGAUCAGAGCUGGGUCACUUACUGAAUCAGUUUGAUAUUGUUAUAAGAUUGAAUGAUGCACCAGUUCAAGGAUACACAGAUCACGUUGGGAACAAAACUACUAUACGGAUGACCUACCCAGAAGGAGCCCCCCUUUCUGAGCACGAGUAUCCUCCUGCCAGCUUGUUUGUGGCUGUCCUCUUUAAAAGUGUUGAUUUCAAUUGGCUUCAAGCAAUGAUAAAAAAUGAAACCUUGCCUCUGUGGGUGCGACUCUUCUUUUGGAAGGAGGUUGCUGAGAAAAUUCCUUUCCCAUCGAAGCAGUUUCGCAUUCUGAAUCCAGUCAUCAUCAAACAGACAGCUUUGGACAUUUUACAGUUCCCUGAACCUCGGUCAAAAUUCUGGGGUUGGGAUAAGAAUGUACCUACAAUUGGGGUGACAGCAGUUGUUCUGGCCACACAUUUAUGUGAUGAAGUGAGUUUAGCAGGAUUUGGAUAUGACCUGGAUCAGCCCAGCACACCUUUGCACUAUUACAACAACCUCUGCAUGGCUGCCAUGAACGGACAAACCAUGCACAACGUGACCAGUGAAACCAAGUUCCUGCAGAGACUGAUCAAAGGAAAAGUUGUCAAAGACCUCACUGGUGGGAUACAUUGUGAAUUCUGCAGCGAAGACAGCUAGUGAUUGGAGUGCAGGUUGGUUUGGAUUUGGUGAAUUUCCAGAGGUUCACCUGGAACAACCCUUUCACUGUCUGAAGUAGUUCUUCAAAGCGUGUCUGAAACGGACGUGGAAUCUCCACCGCCUCUUUUAAUGUUAAGUUCAGUUUGUUGGACUUUCAUUUUGAUGUCAGAUCUUACUUUGCACAUUUUUGUGAAAAACUGUAAAUACAAUUUAGAAGUUGAAAGAGAUCCAUUUAAAAUAUUUAAUGUUGUAGUUAAGGAAAGCAGAGCUUUUGGGUUUGGAUAUCUGUGGUAUGCACAAUGCUAGCCUGAGUUGUCCAACAGCACCCAAGAGGUAUUUUCCACUGAACUAUUGUCUUUGUUGGUCCAGUUCUUGUUGUGUGACUCCUUUUCGUGCAUGCCAUGGGAAGAAAGGUGUACACUUCUCAAGACUUUAACUUCUUGCAAUUUGAGCAUCGUGGUUUUCCCCUCAUGUAUUUAUAUUCCUUUGGUUUUGUGCUGGGCUUUUUUUGGAGUUGGUUGAGGAACGUGGGAGUGGUGGUGGAGAUAAAGACUGUUGUGGCAACGACUGAACAGCAAGUACUUUGGCAUUCAUGAUUGGUAUUAAAAUCAUUGAUGCAUUAAUGUAUGGGGUUAGAAUCCUGCUUUAUCAUGAGGUGUGUUAGGGCUCAGAGCCCUUCAUUUAGCCAGUAGGAGGCUUUCACCUGAGCCAGAUAGUUUGUCAUUUCCUUAAGACCCAGAUAAAACGUUCUAACUGAUUUGCAGCAGAGUUCAGCUACCCCCAUUAUAGAAGUGGCAUUAAUACCAAAUCUGCACCCCUCUCCCCUCUUUUAUGUUUUGAGUGACUUGAGAAUUGCUGGUUCUAUAAAACACUGGUUUGUGUGAAUCUUCCAUUUAGCAAUAAUAGAACCUACGACUAGGUUGACAUUUCUGUUGGUUCACUUUAUGAGCCUCAAGUAAUUAAUUACAGAUAUUGUCACUUUGAUAGCUUACAGUGAAGAUAACCCUUAUGAACUCUAGUAUUGACUAUUUAAUUGAAAGGAGAGUUAGUUGUUGGUUUUGCUGGAUCAGCUUUUAAGUCAGCAAUUGGAUGGGUGUGUGUAAGUUAAGAAGAAAAUCACUUUGAGAAAGUAGUAUCAUCUAGUAGCAAAAUAGGUAACUGUAACUAGAUAACUGCUGAAAAUGACACAGUUGAGAAGGAAAAGCUGGAGAUAAAUGUUCUUGUCACUGGAAAUCACUGCAUUGCAAAGAAACUGGGCUGUGCAGCUCUAAGCAGGUUUUGAUGUUGGUUAUGAGUGGGAGGUAUGGCUGUGUUUGCACUGAGUAGCGUUGGUAACCUACAGAAUGUGAGAAAUGCUUGCUUUGGGAAUGAAAGCUUGUUAGCAAACCAAAGGUUGCCCUAGAAGUGGUGUUGUUCAUAGUCAUGGACCAUGCACAGAGUGAACAUUCCCAUUUUUUUGGUUGUGGGUAAAGACAGGAACGUGGUUGUAAGUUCUCAGAAUACGAAUGUGGGAAAGCAAGCUGAGGGUGGUUGUAUGAUUUAUUUCCACAGAGAGAAGGUCUAAUGAAUGAUACUGUUAGGAAGCAGGAGCAGCAGACUGCUCCUCACUGUUGCUCUAAAAGGCAUUAAAAUGACAUCAGAUCAUAAAGCAUCCCUCUGAAGGAAGUUGUGGAGCUCAUCUCUUCCAAGUCCUGAGGACCUCUGAGUCCAGUUGUGGACAGUGAACAAAUUUGAAAACCACAUUCUUGUCUCUGGCACUGUUUGGGUUCAUAGCAAUAAUAUGAAUCUAAUUCCUCUGUGCAGCACAUGAAUUUUUGUACUAGCAAUAAAUUUCUAGCCUAUGUUUGUUUUUUUUCUUGUAUGAUGUUUAAUUUAAAGAUAUUUCACCUGUGAAGAGUUUUAUACAGAUGGUUUUUAGUUAAUAUAUUAAAAUGUGUUCAUUAUUUUCUCCUGGUAUUUAAACUGGAUGCAAAGUACCUUAAUUUCCUUUGGGCUUAGUGAAAGUUUAGAAGAUUGAGAGUGUGUGUGUUGAAAGGACACCCUGAACUCACACCAAAUGGACACAUUUCAGAGGACUCGGUCCCUCACCAGUUUGCUUUAUUCAGCAAACUUAAUCAUCAGUAGCUUUUUGGAGAUGCUGUGUUUCCUGUCAGAUUCUGUCCAUGUAGGAUUGGAUUGUUUCCUCACCUGAUUUAUGGUUUGUGCUAAAGCAAUUCUCAUGGUAGUGUGUACUGCAUUGGGUACCAUCUGUGAAGUGGCAGCCAAGUUCAGGUUGCCAAAAGCAAUAAAAUGAUGA